GACGUGAGUUUACGAAGAUGGUGGAAGUUUAUUCUUCCUCGAAGUGGAGCACUGACUGAAACCUAAACAUCCCGCAGCACCGAGGGCUCGGAGUUCACCGCGGCGUUUUCAGUUUUUUUUUUUUACAACCGUCUCUCGGUUCUGGGCCUUCACCCCAGCCCUAUGUCAUGGCAAGUGGAGUCACCAAGACGGGCACUUCCAACGGUUACCCGAUGAAGGCACAGCUACAAAUCAUCGUGCUGUCGGCGAAACUCAAAGGGAACAGGAAGAACUGGUUCGGUCCCAGUCCCUAUGUGGAAGUGACGGUCGACGGACAGUCCAAGAAGACGGAGAAAUGCAACAACACCCACUGCCCCAAAUGGAAGCAGCCGAUCACUGUGAUUGUGACUCCGUUCAGCAAACUGGUGUUUCGCGUGUGGAGCUACCAGACCCUGAAGUCCGACGUGUUGCUGGGCAUGGCCACGCUGGACGUCAGUGACACGCUCAAAUCCAACGACUUUAAAAUCUCCGAGGUGGUGCAGAUCCUCCAGCUGUGUGCGGACCGAGACCAGUCAGAUGUGGUGGGAGACCUGUCCGUCUGUCUGGACGGCAUGACCGUCGACUCUGAGGCGUUCGCCACGGCCGAGGCUGACCAACACAAUGCAUCAAAUGGGAAUUCCCAAACCAACGGGGAUCAGGCCGUAAGGCAGAAGAGUCGAGACAGCUCCCCAGUGGUGGAUGGCGUGGAGCACAGGUCAUCUCCCAGUGGCCGGAGGUCAGUGAGCAGCUCGGGGUCUCCCUCGGUGUCAUCAAGGCCUCUCCGACCUCCCAGGCCCUCCAGGCCUCCACCCCCAACCCCGCGCAGACCCGCCUCUUCGCCAGCGUCUUCCAGCAACGGCUCUGCACCAGCCGACGGCAGCGAUAACCAGUCGGGCUCUGACACGCCGGUGCGAACACCGGCUUCACAGCCCUCGGCAGCCCCAGAAUCGAGUCCAUCGGCAGGUUCUGACAGGAACGCCGCGCCGGCCUACAGCUCUGAAGCCGCAGCGACCGGCAGCGUCACCCCUGCUGUCACCCCUGCUGUCACCCCUGCAGUCACCACUGCAGUCACCCCUGCUGUCCCUACCGCUGUCACCCCAGUGGUCCCUGCUGUCAACGCUGGGCCGUUGCCCCCUGGAUGGGAGCAGAGGGUGGAUCAGAACGGCCGGCUGUAUUUCGUCGACCACGUGGAAAAGAGAACAUCGUGGGAGCGCCCUGAACCGCUGCCCCCUGGCUGGGAGCGCCGUGUGGACCAGAUGGGGCGGGUCUACUUUGUCGAUCACAUGACGCGAACCACCACGUGGCAGCGCCCCACGCUCGAGACGGUGCGUAACUACGAGCAGUGGCAGCACCAGCGCAGCCAGCUGCAGGGAGCCAUGCAGCAGUUCAACCAGAGGUUCAUAUUCGGGCAACAAGACCCGUUAUCAGCCACUCAAGAUAAGGAGUUUGAUCCCCUCGGGCCUCUGCCACAUGGAUGGGAAAAGAGGACUGACUCGACUGGUAGAGUUUAUUUUGUACAUCACUCUACGCGAGCAACACAGUGGGAGGACCCACGAUCACAGGGUUUGCUGAAUGACAAGCCACUCCCGGAGGGCUGGGAGAUGAGGUUCACCGUAGACGGUAUUCCCUACUUUGUAGACCACAACAGGAGAGCGACCACCUACAUCGACCCUCGAACUGGAAAAUCCUCACUUGAAAACGGACCUCAGAUCACCUACGUUCGAGAUUUCAAAGCCAAAGUACAGUACUUCAGAUUCUGGUGCCAGCAACUGGCGAUGCCGCAACACAUCAAGAUCACAGUAACCAGAAAAACCCUGUUUGAGGACUCCUUCCAGCAGAUAAUGAGUUUCAACGCUCAGGAUCUGCGAAGGAGGCUAUGGAUCAUCUUCCCGGGAGAAGAAGGCCUCGACUACGGAGGCGUUGCCAGGGAAUGGUUCUUCCUGCUGUCUCAUGAGGUUUUGAACCCCAUGUACUGCCUGUUCGAAUAUGCCGGGAAAGAUAACUACUGUCUCCAGAUCAACCCUGCCUCCGACAUCAACCCUGACCAUCUCAAGUAUUUCAAGUUCAUAGGACGCUUCAUUGCCAUGGCUCUUUUCCACAGCAAGUUCAUCGACACUGGUUUCUCACUGCCAUUUUACAAGCGCAUCCUGAAUAAGCCGUUAGCCCUCAAAGACCUGGAGUCAAUAGACCCGGAGUUCUACAACUCCCUCAUGUGGAUCAAGGACAACAACAUCGAGGAGUGCGGGCUGGAGAUGUUCUUCUCUGUUGACAAUGAAAUCCUGGGGGAACUCUCCACCCAUGAGCUGAAAACAGGAGGCGGAGACCUCCAGGUCACCGAGGAGAACAAAGAGGAGUACAUCAGGCUGGUAGCAGAGUGGCGGAUGUGCAGAGGAGUGCAAGAGCAGACGCAGGCUUUCUUUGAAGGCUUCAACGAGGUCCUCCCUCAGCAGUACCUGCAGUACUUUGAUGCUAAAGAGCUCGAGGUGAUGCUGUGUGGUAUGCAAGAGAUCGACCUUGCAGACUGGCAAAGAAGCACCAUCUACAGACACUACGCUCGAAGCAGCAAACAGAUCAUCUGGUUCUGGCAGUUUAUAAAGGAGAUGGACAAUGAGAAGAGGAUGAGGCUGCUGCAGUUUGUCACCGGGACCUGUCGCCUGCCUGUCGGAGGCUUUGCCGACCUUAUGGGAAGCAACGGUCCCCAGAAGUUCUGUAUUGAGAAGGUGGGAAAAGAAAACUGGCUACCCAGGAGUCACACGUGCUUCAACAGACUGGACUUGCCGCCCUACAAGAGCUACGAGCAAAUGAAGGAGAAGCUGAUGUUGGCCAUCGAGGAGACGGAAGGCUUCGGACAGGAGUGAGGGCGACCAGGAGUGCGAAGGAAUAAACACCACCAGUGUUCCACCGGAAGGGUCACGGGUUCUAACAUUAGUCUCCUGUGGCUUCCUGAUUUCUUCUUAGAGUUGCUCUGCAUUAAAGCAACUGGUAAAUGUCCAAACUGGGUUGAUUUUCACCCCCCCCCCAAAAAGCAAAUGUUGUUGCUCUAAGAUUGUUUCAUCCUUUUUUCUUCUUCUUUUGUUAGCAUCAUCCACAUCAUUGUCAGUCUCCAUCCCAUCCUCAAAUCUCUCUCACUUCCAUCUGCUUCUCUGCUCAUGGCUAAAGUGGAUAUUUUUGAACGGUAACAUGUGGCGAUGGUAGCCGUGUGUUCCCGGUUCUGGAGUAUUUGAUAUGCGAUUUAUUUUCAAAUUAUUGUUGCCUCCAUUAUUUAAAGUGUUGGGAGCUGUGAAGGACUUCAACAGAACGUAAUCUGAUCCUAGUUUUAUAGGGACAGAGUUUGUAAACUGUGAUGGGGAAUGGGACCUCCUGGAUUGGAGUAAAGAUAUUCCUCUUUAUAUAUAAGCUUCAAACACACUUUCAUUGCGUGGUCUUGUUAAAGACAAGAUCCUGAGGAAAUCCAGUGUGGUUGAAGUAAAUAUUUUAAGAUGACCAGUGUAUUGAGUAUUUGACUUUUAAAAAAAAUUACAAAAAAAGAAACUAAAAUUUAGUGAACAGUGAAAAAACACCAAAUGCAAGUCAAACCAAAAACAAAUAAAACUGUUUGGGUAAUAUCUUUAAUGACAUUUUGAAUGCAGACAUUUUGCAAAACGAGUAGCUCCUCAUACACAUGUAGCAUUUGAAGGACAGUGAUAGUUUUAACCUCUUUUUCUUUUUUUUAUAUAAAUGAAGGAAAAAUAUAUGAGUAUUUAGAAAUCAUUGGAGGGGGAAAAGAGGUGCAGUGUUGUGUUUUAAAACUUUAUUUCUCUUUCUUUUCUUACGCUUAAAAGAUCUGUGUGUAGGAUUUAGCAGCAUCUAGUGGUCAGGUAGCAGAUUGCAACCAACUGUGAAUACCCCACCCUUCAGGUACCGUUUAUUGUUUUAUUUAUCCAUUCUGGCCGGCCGUAGAAACGAGUCCGGGAGGGGAACCGGUGCCCGUUCAGGGAUGCCAUAUUUAUUUUGGCCAAGCAGAAAGUCAGCAGAGCCCUCGUUCCUUCAACAAAAGAAGCCAGGCUAUUUCCACUGAAUUCUGGGUCACUUCUGCAGGAAAUGCGCUCUGUGGCUUAUACGUACACGUUUUGCAUACAAGAUAGUCUUCACAAAUACAAUACAAAAAUCCUGGUUGCAGGACUCAUGAGUGCACCGCUCUACAAAGAUGGGAAGGGUUCAUUCUAAGCUAAAAAAAACCCCAGUAUUUGUAGUCCAUAGUUAAGAAUCUUCCAUAUCCAUCAAUAGAUCCCCCUGAAUCUUACUCACUGGACCUUUUUUUUAUUUUUAUUUUUUAAAGAAAAUGUACCUUUUGAGUAUUUCGGUCACAUUUAACAGACAAAGAUACAGCUUCAAAAUGAAUGUCUGGAAUGCAGCGAAAUUAUGCGCGUGGCUAUGUUUUCAAUUUGGAAGAUGUGUUCAAGAGGUGCAUAAUUUGAAUAUUAAUUCAUCCUAAUGAAAACGGACGCACACAAAAACCCACCAGGUGGUGUGGUCGCUCAUUUUGAAGUAUCCUCUUUUUUUAAAUUGGAUAAUUGCACACUGAAAAGACAGGUGUGGUUACUGAGGAACAUGCAGGAGUUGUUGACCUGACAAAGCACAGCACUUUAAAAACUACAAAUAUCCCUCCACUCUCUUUCUUCAGCAUGUGGCGUCUCCAGUCCUGGUUGUUUGUGACUCUGGGCUCGUUGAGUUCCACAUGCGUGGGGAGGUGUUUGUCAUUAGCCCUCAGGUUGCCUUAUUUCCUCCUCCAGGCAUCAGGUAUCCUUUCUUUUUUCUUUUCUUUUUUAAAUCAACAUGCUCAAAGGAGAUUAUUGACCAUGUGGGCUUUCUGGUUCAAAUUGAUACUGUGGACUCCGGAUCUGGUCGGUCCUUCUCGGCCCGGCUGUGGAGAAGAGACCAAGAGGAGUUUAACAAGUUCUUUUUGUGGAAAAGCUAAAACACUUGAGUUGAUGACACUCAGAUUUUUUUUUAUGAAGUCUAAUUUUGGCUUUAGCCGAGAUAACAACUACUGAGAUAAAAAUCUGUGUAAUAUAACGAAUGUAUCUUGAUUCAAAGUUGAUAGGUAAAGUUGCCUAUUUACAUUUUUGCAGAGUAUUCUUUAAAUCGUGUUCUGGGUCGAUUACAAAUUUAAAUCCCAGAGAUGUAGAAGUUAAGCAAAUGUGUGAAUAUCAUAAUUCACAGCUUUUUAUUUUUAUUUCAUUUAUUUUCUCCAGAAUCCUCCAUGUGCAACCAAACCACUGUCACUCUCCUGUAUAUGAAAACAACUUGUAAAUGGUGUCAAUAACAAAUUUUCUUUUGUAAAAGAAAGGUUUAUGGUAACACUAUUUUCUUUUUCCUGUUUAAUUGCCGAUGUACAUGAAAGAUGUGUAAUAUAGAAAUUGUCACCUUAAUAAAUUAAAUAAAAAAUG